AUGGUUUUGGAAGCUGGUUCAAAUCCGAUAGAAACAAUUAAACACCCUGGGGAAUUCGAUACAAUGUUGAAAACAGUUUUAUAUUCUAAAGAUUUCGAUUCAGUCUCAGGUUGGAUACCCGAUGUUGGCGAUGGAAGUGUUUUAAAAGAACCGGCAAGAAAUCUUGCAAAUGAUGCUGAUUUAGCUAGAGUGAGAGUUGUUGCUCGAAACACAAUAGAAAGAGUAGCACGAGCAGCUAAUCAUGGAUUCGAAAAACGAGUACUUCAGUAUAAUAAUGUUGUUGAGAAUAAUAGAAAUGUUUCCAUAGGGUUACCAUAUAAAAUUCAUCUACAAAGAGAAAUCAACGAUGAUAAGAUAUUCUUUGGAGAGAAUGCUUCAAAUGCAAAAUUAGAAAUAACGAAUCUCCAACUUUACAUACCCGUAAUAACACCAUCAAUUGAAGUAGAAACGAGAAUAUUAAACUCAUUAACUAAAGAUAUUGAAAUAGCUUUUCUUCAUCGUAAUACGAUCAGAACAAGAACAGAAGAAAACCCAAUAUCAAGACCCUUAAUCCUAAUUUCUAAAUAA